AUGCCAUUACAAUAUAGCCCGGCGAAAACAUCCAAGAUUUCAAAACGAUCAAAUUCCCUUAAUAAAUCUCCACUCAAGAAAUUUCAGCGAGAUGUUAAGAAGAUAGUUUUGCCAUCAACGAGAAUUUAUGACAAUAAAGUAACAAAGCAGCAACGGUUAAACCUGGCAUCUCCACAACCAGAAAGUACAUCUGAAGAUAAGCUUGUUGUGAAAGAUUAUAAUGUUCAGUUAGACUAUCAGCUAUCAUCCAAAGAAGAUAUAUUGAUUGCAAUAGAUACUAUUUUAGAGAACAGAUGGGCAGAGAAUACUAAAUUGCACAGUCGAUAUCCAACCAAAGGAGAUUCCACAGAAGAAAGGAUUCUAAGUCUCAAAGGUAUUUCACAACAGGUGAAAAUAGAAAUAUUGAGAUUUAGAAGGAAUCUACCGAAUGGUUUGAUCACCACUACUCAGCUAUAUUCGAUUUUCUUGAAUCAGAAUAAUACAUUUGUUGACAAAUCUUUGGAAUUAAAUAUUAGACAGGGAAAAUUAAGACGAUUUGUCAUAAGCAAUGCAUCACCCGUUAUUCUGAGGUCACUCAACAGAUUUGAAUCGGGUAAAGUGACAUAUGGCUUUGAGAAUGUUGAUCUCAUUGUUAAAUCUAAAGAAUAUUUUAAGUUGAUUAUGGAAUUAAAGACCAAAUUGGAGGAGGAACUAGAGGAUGAAAGAUUACCAACAAGUCUUCGUAAUAAAAAAGUUACCGGUUUGUCAAGUUUAGUCAAGUUCUUGAACUAUUUGCAAGAAUCACCUUCCGCCACAUCAAUCACAAGUAUGAACAGUGGACUUGCGAAAGAAGAACUCAGUCACUUGAUGAAUUUAGGUUUUGUGACUUUAUCAUCGAAUCAUUUAAAUGAAAUAGAGUCUAAUGAGUAUGCAAUUUCUUAUCCAAGUUGUGGAACGUACUUGAAGUUAGUAAAUGCUGGACGAUCAUGGUUGGUCAAAGUUUUGAACAAACUUAAGUUCAAGGAGCUAUUAGAGGAUCAAUUAAUUACAAAAUGGCAAGGGAUUAAUCCGCAAGGUAAUUCAAAGAUGAAUAAUUUCAGAGCUCCAUUCUAUGGGUAUGAUUUAAAUUGGGUAUUAGCGGAUGCGUUAGGCGCUGGGGUUGUUGAAGUAUUCAAUACACCGGUAGGCAGAGGUUGGAGACUAACAGGUAAAAUAUAG